UCUGGGUCAGCUGGGCUGAUGAUGUCGGCAACGGAGGAGGAGGCUCGCGCAGAGCAGGAAGCGACGCGUGUGGAGUGUGCAAUGCAAACAAAAUCUUCGUUGUAUUGGGGGCUAUUUUUUUCUUUACCACGAUGUAGCCAUUAACAAAACAGACACGAAGAAAACUUUAACGUCGUCUACAGUCGGACAAACUCCACGUAUGAUUGUGACACUGCGCAUAUUGUAAGCAAGGGGCAGUUAGCGAGCUGGCUACAACGAACAGCCAAAGAAAUAUGAAAGAGGUGAAGGGCUGCGGUAUGCGUUCUUCCGUGGGGUUCCUAUCCCGGAGAAAGAUCACCGGGCACCCCCUAAUGAAGGAGGAAUUUCAGAGACUCAGACUGGCCGGGUGCACAAGUCUUUUUAAGAAAGAUAUGCUAGGGCAUUUUGGAUGCGUUAAUGCCAUAGAGUUUUCCAACAAUGGAGGAGAAUGGCUGGUGUCCGGAGGAGAUGACCGACGGGUGUUACUCUGGCACAUGGAGAAGGCGAUCCAUUCACGAGCCAAGCCUCUGAAACUAAAGGGAGAACAUCUGUCCAACAUCUUCUGCCUGGCCUUUGACAGUACCAACAAGCGUGUCUUCUCUGGGGGUAACGAUGAACAGGUCAUUCUUCAUGACGUGGAGAGGGGAGAGACGCUGAACGUGUUCUUGCACGAUGAUGCAGUUUACGGCCUGUCCGUCAGCCCGGUCAACGAUAACGUGUUCGCCAGCUCCUCUGACGAUGGUCGUGUUCUCAUCUGGGACACCCGUGAGCCCCCACACGGAGAACCUUUUUGCCUGGCCAACUACCCGUCGGCGUUCCACAGCGUGAUGUUCAACCCGGCCGAGCCUAGACUGCUCGCCACGGCCAACUCCAAGGAAGGCGUGGGGCUGUGGGACAUCCGCAAGCCGCGCAGUUCCCUGCUGCGUUACGGGGGUAGCCUGUCGCUGCAGAGCGCCAUGAGCGUGCGCUUCAACAGCACGGGCACCCAGCUGCUGGCGCUGCGGCGGCGGCUGCCCCCCGUCCUGUACGAGCUGCACUCCCGCCUGCCCAUCUUCCAGUUCGACAACCAGGGCUACUUCAACUCCUGCACCAUGAAGAGCUGUUGCUUCGCCGGGGACCGCGACCAGUACAUCUUGUCGGGGUCCGAUGACUUCAAUCUGUACAUGUGGAGGAUUCCCAAGGAUCCGGAAGCAGGGGGCCCUGGGCGAGUGGUGAAUGGGGCUUUCAUGGUGUUGAAGGGACACCGUUCCAUCGUCAACCAGGUGCGGUUCAACCCCCACACCUACAUGAUCUGCUCUUCAGGCGUGGAGAAGGUCAUCAAGGUGUGGAGCCCGUACCAGCAGCCGGAGAGCUUGGGGGACCUGGAGGGGCGUGUGGAGGACAAGUCGCGCAGCCUGUACACGCACGAGGAGUACAUCAGCCUGGUGCUGAACAGCGGCAGCGGCCUGUCGCACGACUACGUCAGCCAGUCCAUCCAGGAGGACCCGCGCAUGAUGGCCUUCUUCGACUCGCUGGUGCGCCGGGAGAUCGAGGGCUGGAGCUCCGACUCGGACAGCGACCUGAGCGAGGGCGCCAUCCUGCAGCUGCACGCCCGCGGCCGCCGCGCGCUGAGGGCGGGGGCGGGGGCGGGGCGGGGGGGCGUGGCCUCCCACGCCCCCGCCCCCACAGCCGCCGCAGCCGUGGCCGCCGCCGCAGCCGAGCGCCGCCACAGCGACUCGGACCACUCCUCCUCUUCCUCGCUGGCGGGUCCGGACGGGGCGGCGGCCCUGCUGGACGAGGGGGAGGGGCUCCCGCGCCGGGGGGGCAUGGUGGGCCAGUCCUACCAGUCGGUGCGGCUGCUGGACCUGGCCAACGACUCGUCGGACUCCAGCGGCUUCUGGCCCGACCCCGUGCUCCGCCCCCGCUCCCCCAGCCCCCGGGGCAACUCCAGCCUGUCCAGCCGCAGCACCUCCCCCGCCCGCUCCAGCUCCUCCACCUCCUCCAGCUCCAGCUCCAGCAGCGACGGGGAGGACGAGGAGCGGCGCCGGGCCGACACCCGCCGCCGCAACGCCGCCCGCAGGCGCCGCAUGCGCUUCCCCUACCAGCCGGGGGACCGGCCCGAGUCCGCCCAGGCCCUCUACCCCGGCGUGGACUCCUGCAGCUACCCCAAGAUCGCCGUCGAGGACCCCUCCUCCUCGUCUUCCUCCUCCUCCUCCUCCUCCUCGGUGGACGAGGCGGCGCCGGUUUCGGGCGACGCUCGAAAGCGGAGAAGCCCCCAGAAAGACCGGGACGGACGGCCGGGCCCCGAGACCCCCCCCGGAUCCAGCUCCGCCCCCUCCCCCGAGCGCCCGGAGGGGGAGGCGGGCGGGGCAGCGCCGGAGAGACUUUCGGGCGGAUCCCCGCCUCUUUCGCAGGACAGGCUGGGUGAGAGGACCAAGCCGAGGGGCGGGGCCCGGGACGGUCGCGGGAUGGGGGCCGCGGAAGGUGCCCCCGAAAGUCCAGGUUCGGCGCCGAGCCACGGCUCGCAGCCCGCCGACGGGAGCAGGGGCAUUCUGGGACAGCCGAGCCCCGAGCUGAACGGACAGCACCGCGAGGACCCCCACACCUCCGCGCCCCCCGAGCCAGACGCCGGGGGCCGUAGCAAACCCCAAACGCAGGAGCCCGCGGGGGAGACCCAGCCCCCCCGGAGAUGCCAAACCACCGGCGCCGCCGCACUCAAACGGACUCGGCUCGGCUCGGGCGGGGCCGGCUCGGACAGCCCCCCCUCAGAGAAGAAGCUCAAGACAUGAUGACACCUCAUCCCAAGAGCGCUGUUUCUUUAGCAACAACAACAACAACAAAAAAGACGAUGAGCCAGACAUCUUAGAUUGGUUCUUUGGGUUUUUACAAUCCAUAUGUCUGUUUUUCUUUCUUUUUUUCUUUUCUUUUUUUUCCCCCCUUCUUUUAAAAGAGGGUGCUGCGGAGGCCGCCUGUGACACUUGGAUCAGACUAAGCACUGCUGGGGGAAACCUGCAGGAUAAAGAAUAAUGAUUGGAUGAUGGAACGUCACUUCCUGUCACUCAACACUCAGAAAGCAAAGCAGAUUUGCUGGCCACCGGUACAUCUGUGAAGCUUCCUGCCUGAACUGUGUCAUAACUCCUGGAGACCUGUUUUCACAGCUGACAGUAAAAUCAAUAAUAUUAUUAAUAAAUGCAGACGGUAAUCAUACUUA